AUGGGUAUUACAAGGAAGCCUAAGGCCGAGAACAACCCCAUGCGGGAGAUUAAAAUCCAGAAGCUCUGCCUAAAUAUAUGCGUUGGUGAGAGUGGAGAUCGUCUCACGCGCGCUGCCAAGGUCUUGGAGCAGUUGACGCAACAGCAACCUGUUUUUAGCAAGGCCAGACUGACUGUGCGCACAUUCGGCAUUCGCAGAAACGAAAAGAUUGCUGUCCACUGUACCGUUCGUGGAGCGAAGGCCGAAGGUUUGUCUUUUUCUGCCCUUUAUAGUGUUAGAAAUCCUUGAGCGAGGUCUGAAAGUGAAGGAGUACGAAUUGCCAAAAUCCUGUUUCAGCAAAAUGGGUCAUUUUGGCUUCGGUAUCACUGAACAUAUCGAUUUAAACCUGAAGUACGACCCCAAUAUCGGCAUUUAUGGCAUGGAUUUCUAUGUUAUCCUCGGCCGUCCGGGCCAGCGUGUAGCCCACAGGUUAGUGUAGCAGGUCUUUCUUACGUUGUUUGUAGGCGAAGAUGCGUCUCCAAAGUCGGUCCAAAACACCACGUCACUAAGGAGGAAGCCAUGAAGUGGUUCCAGAGCAAAUAUGACGGCAUCUUGAUGAACAAGUAG